CAUCUUUACACUAGGACAACAUUUUUAUUUUACUCAAACAGCAACGUGCACUCCCACUCUUCCUAAACAUCUUGACCGAGGAGCAUGGGCAAAUCAAUAUGGGCUGCCUCACUGAUUGCCACCAUUAUUGGCGUAACAGUCAAUGUCCCGCUGCCUGACACUGUUUACGUUUCGAUCGCUUUUGCCAUUCUCGCUAGUGUUGUGACAUGGAAAACGUUACCUCGGCUAGCAAUGACAUUUGUGGAGGCCCGUGUUUCCGGCGUUGAUGUAUUAAAACGAGAUCGUCCUCUGCUGCCAGAAGCAAUGGGGUUUCCGACUGCCGUUAUCUAUCUGAUUGCCAUGUUCUGCUUUAUACCAUUCCCUUUUAUCAACUGGUUCGAUGGAGAGGCGCGUCUUGUUCACGAAGAUAAUCCAAUGAUUGGCACCUUCCCAUACCAUAAACUCGGGCAAAUAUUAUCCGCUAUACUUGCAAUCCAGUCAAUGGUUCUGCUCGGAUUUGCAGAUGAUAUUUUGGAUGUUCGGUGGCGCUACAAGGUUUGGUUCCCUGCUGUAGCAAGUGUGCCGCUUCUGAUCUUUUACUAUACGAAUUUCGGUGUUACCCACGUCGUAAUGCCACUCCAACUGCGUUCGCUAUUGGGUGAAUUGGUGGAUCUAGGUCCAUUAUACUAUGUAUACAUGGUGAUGCUGGUUAUAUUCUGCACGCAUACCAUCAACAUUCUCGCCGGCAUCAACGGUAUCGAAGCAGGCCAGUCGUUGAUUAUUGCGCUAUCAAUCAUUAUCAACGACCUCUUGUAUAUGUGUAACAAUACGGAUCGUGAGAGUCUAGAAGCGCAUUUGUUCAGCCUAUACUUCAUGUUACCCUUUGCUGGCGUCACUGCUGCUCUCUUAGCACAUAACUGGUUCCCGGCCCGUCUAUUUGUUGGAGAUACGUUUUGCUAUUUUGCAGGAAUCACUUUUGCAGUCGUCGGUAUCCUUGGUCAUUUCUCAAAGACACUGAUUCUCUUCUUCAUACCCCAAAUUUUUAACUUUAUCUACUCGUGCCCACAACUUUUCCGCCUGGUGGAUUGCCCAAGACAUCGCAUGCCCCGUUUUGACUCUACCAAAAGACUCCUUCAAUGCUCCACUGUGAUCAUUAAGCCCAGCAACAGUCUCAGAGCAAAGUUGGGUCGUCUUAUACUGAAAAUAUUGUAUAUGCUUGGACUGCUGAAAGUGAUCAAGUGGGACGACGAUGGUCGGCUAGUGGAAUGCAACAAUUUGACAAUCAUUAACCUUGUGCUGGCUCGCUUGGGACCCAUGUCAGAAGUCAAUACAACACGGACAAUAUUAGGCAUUCAAGUCUUGUCAAGUUUAUUUGCGUUCUUUAUAAGAUAUAAACUCGUACAAUAUGUAUAUUAAAGCGAAAAGAAAAUCAC